AUGGACAAUAUUACUUCUUUGGUUCAAUAUGGAGGCAAGUGGAAUGAAAACAACAAGUACGAAGGGUACACAAUGACUGGGAUAUUAAUACCACCAAAUUGUUCUCUUGACAACUUUGUGAAUUUGAUAAAAAAGGAGAUAAAGGAAAAAAUAGCAACUAUUGAAGUUUCUUAUCAAGUAGAAAAAGGAACACCACCAAUGAAGGUUGUAACAGACAAUUCAGUGUUGUUCUUUCUGGAAAUAAAGAAAAAAGUUGCUACUAAAAUAACAGACUUACCAUUGUGUGUCACUAUAGUUCAAGAAUCAAGCAAUGAAAAUGAUCUUCUUCUACUAGCAAAUCAGAAAGCUACAGCAGAAGAAAUGGAGGUGGGGACAUUAUUAAUGCAAGCAAAUCAAGCUUCCAUCAAUGAACAAAUGUUACUUGAAAAAGGAAUGUCAAGCACAACAAAUGAGGGCAUAAAUGUGUCAUACAUACUCAUUUUGCUGAAGAAAGUGAACACAAUAGAGCAAGGGCAAAUUUACAAGGAUAAGAACACAAUCAAAUCAGCUCUUAGCUACUAUGCAAUGCUGCAUAACUUCCAGUUCAAAACAAAAAGAUCAGAACCUAGAGAGUACCUAGUUACUUGCGCAGAUGAAACAUGCAACUGGUUGGUGAGAGCAUCUAAGUACAGAAAUCAAUAUUUAUUCAAGGUACGGAAAUGCAAUCCAAAUCACACUUGCUCUGUUGAAAUUGUUUUGGAAGACCAUAGGCAAGCAAAAAGCAUCGUAGUUGGGGAAUUAGUAAAGAAUAAGUACAAGUCAAUCAAAAGAAAUUACACUCCAAAUGACAUCAUGAAUGAUAUGAAUGAUGACUUCGGAGUAACUAUGGGAUACACAAAAGCAUGGAGAUCAAGAGAGAAAGCUUUGCGUCUAGUAAGAGGGAACCCCAAUGAUUCAUAUCAAAAGUUGCCAAUAUAUCUUUACAUGUUGAAGCAAGCAAAUCCAGGAACAAUAACACACCUACUCACAGACAAGGAAGAUAGAUUCAAAUACCUAUACAUAACUUUCUCUAACUCAAUCAAGGGUUGGACAUACUUGAGGCCUAUAAUUGUUGUUGAUGGAACUUUCUUGAAAAAUGCACAUGGUGGUACCCUAUUUUCAGCAUCAACGUUAGAUUCAAACAACAACAUUUUCGUGUUGACUUUUGGAAUAGCAGACUCUAAAAAUGAUAACUCAUGGCUUUGGUUCUUCUCCAAACUGAGAGACACCUAUGGAGAACCCGAAGGAUUGGCUAUAGUUUUUGACAGACAUAAGAGCAUAGACAAUGCAGUACAUAUGGUGUACCCAAAUGCUUUCCAUGGAGCUUGCAUGUUUCACUUACUCAAUAAUUUGAAAGGCAAGUAUGGGAGCCAUGGAGAAAAGCUUCAAAUGAAAUUCAUUGCAGCAGCAAAAGCAUACACAAAGAUAGAAUGUGAACACUACAUGAGAGGCGUUGAUAGAAUUGAUAGACGCAUUAGGCCCUAUUUAGAAAAAGCCAAGUAUGAAACUUGGGCAAGAUCAUACUCGCCAACAAAAAUAUACACCAUGAUGACAUCCAACAUCGCAGAAUCACUCAACGCUGCACUAAAAGCUGCAAGAAAUCUCCUCAUUGAUAUCUUGGUUGAAUGCCUUAAAAGUUUGAUUCAAAAGUGGGUUUGGAACAACUCAAAUAAUGCAAAUGGAACAUUCACAAAAGUCUCUAUAGCAACAGAGAAUGAAUUGAGACAUGACAUUGUUUCAAAAAUGAAGUAUGAGGUCUUGCCUUUCAACACAAUAGAAUACCAAGUUCGUGAUUAA